AUGCAAGAACACGAAGGAACGAAUCAAAUGAAAGAAUGCCUCACUGGAACGAAUCACAGGCGCCAAGGCCCGAAUCGCCGCCACGGCCUCAGCCAAAUCGGGCUGCUUUUUCCAGUUAUUGAACUCUUUGAUGACGCUGAAGGGCUUGCCAGAAGCAGAACUGGGUUUGGCUUCAACCUCGCCAACAAUUGGACCUUGUUCGUUGUGGUUUUGGCCGACGGCGGCUUGAGCCUGGGCCAGCCAGUCGCUCGUGACGAUGUCGUGGUGCGCCGCCCGGGUUUGGUAGUAGGCCGAGAUCUUAGGGUUAGGGCUUUGCGAGGGGUCGGCCAUGAAUGA